UUAGCAAGUUUCAAUAAGUUGAAGAAUGUCCGGUCGUGGUAAAACCGGAGGAAAAGGUCGGGCUAAGGCUAAGACCCGUUCAUCCCGAGCCGGCCUACAGUUCCCGGUGGGUCGAAUCCACCGCCUGCUGCGUAAGGGGCAUUAUGCCGAGCGAGUUGGGGCUGGUGCCCCCGUUUAUUUAGCUGCAGUUCUCGAGUACCUGACUGCAGAGAUCCUCGAAUUGGCGGGCAACGCGGCCCGGGACAAUAAGAAGAGCCGCAUCAUUCCCCGCCACCUGCAGCUCGCUAUCCGCAACGACGAGGAGCUCAACAAGCUGCUGGGAGGGGUCACCAUCGCCCAGGGCGGCGUCCUGCCCAACAUCCAGGCCGUGCUGCUGCCCAAGAAAACCGGGCACCCCAGCAAGGUCUACGCCUGAAGGGUGAGAUCUGAGGAACGAACAUCAGUUCAACGCAACAACGAAAUAAAAAUCAAAGGCUCUUUUCAGAGCCGCUCAAUUCCUCCUAAAGAGUUUAACCAGACUGUCGAUUCGAAAUGUAAUAUUGAAUAAAUUGAUGCGUGAUCGCUCUUCCAUUUUCCCUCUGGGAAAUAAUUUUAUUAAUUUAGUGUCGAUAUGAUUUCUAGGAAUAGGUUG